GAAAAAUAUUUGAAAUUGAAUAACGACAAAUUUCUCUUGGAAUUUCCAAUACAUAACAAUUUCCCAAUAUGGAUCGCCCCAUUAACGCUUUUGUUAAUCCUUUCGGCCAACGUCCCUGGAUGGCGCAGACCGGUGCUGCUGCCCCCAGUGGUGGUGGAAAGGGCUUGAAAGGCAUUAUUGCUGGUGGCAUUACUGGCGGCAUUGAAAUUUGCAUUACUUAUCCAACGGAGUAUGUCAAGACACAACUACAGCUCGAUGAGAAAGGUGUCAACAAGCAAUACAACGGCAUUGGAGAUUGCAUCAAGAAAACCGUACAACAAAGAGGAUUUUUCGGAUUAUACCGUGGACUAAGUGUAUUGCUCUACGGCAGUAUUCCAAAAUCUGCAGCAAGAUUUGGUGCAUUCGAAACGCUUAAAGGUCACAUGGUCGAUGAGCACGGGCAACUAAGUGCUUCGGGAAAAUUACUGGCAGGUUUAGGCGCUGGUGUAUGUGAAGCCGUGUUGGCUGUUACUCCCAUGGAGACAAUUAAAGUAAAAUUCAUAAAUGAUCAACGUAGUGCCAAACCACAGUAUAAGGGUUUUGCUCAUGGUGUUGGUUGCAUUAUUAAGGCAGAAGGCAUAACUGGAAUUUACAAAGGUGUAACUCCAACAAUUUUGAAACAAGGUUCCAAUCAAGCCAUCCGUUUUUACGUUAUGGAAUCCCUUAAAGAUUUAUACAAGGGCGAUGAUAAAAACAAGCAUGUUCCCAAACUGGUGGUCGGUGCUUUCGGUGCCAUCGCUGGUGCUGCUUCCGUUUUUGGUAACACACCAUUGGAUGUGGUGAAGACUCGUAUGCAAGGUCUCGAAGCAGCCAAAUACAAGAACACUGCCGACUGUGCCAUGAAGAUAUGGAAGAACGAAGGAUUCAGUGCCUUCUACAAGGGAACAGUGCCACGUUUGAGUCGUGUAUGCUUGGAUGUAGCCAUCACCUUUAUGAUUUACGAUUCCUUCAUGGAUCUUUUCAACAAAAUAUGGAAGGAAUAAUAA